GCAAGAACGAUCAUCAAUUUUCAACUGAAAGUUGGAACGACCACCCAUGGCUUCUUCUUCACCGUCUCUUCCACUGAAAGACCGAGCAGCCAUAGUGACGGGAUCUUCCAGGGGCAUAGGUCGAGCCAUAGCCAUCCAUCUCCAUUCACUCGGAGCCAGGGUUGUAAUCAACUAUGCUUCGAGCUCGAACCAAGCCGAUUCGCUCGCCUCUGAGCUCAAUAAAGCCUCCGAUUCGUCAGAGCUUCGAGCAGUCGCCGUUCAAGCAGAUGUGUCGGAUCCAGAUCAGGUGAAGCAGCUCUUCGACAAAUCGGAGCAAGUGUUCGGGUCUAUCCAUAUUCUUGUGAAUUGUGCCGGAGUGCUUGACCCGAAGUACCCGAAAAUUGCAAAUACCGCAUUGGAGGAUUGGGAUAGAACUUUCAAUAUCAACACUAGAGGUGCAUUUCUGUGCGCAAGAGAGGCGGCAAAUAGGCUAGUCAGAGGCGGUGGAGGAAGGAUCAUACUGAUAACUACGUCGGUGGUGGGGAGCAACACGCCGGGUUAUGGAGCCUAUGCAGCUUCAAAAGCUGCGGUGGAGACGAUGACAAAGAUAGUGGCUAAGGAGCUGAAAGGAACAAAGAUUACAGCCAACUGUGUGGCACCAGGGCCUGUAGCCACGGAGCUGUUCUUUGCAGGCAAAACAGAGGAAACUGUAAAGAGGAUAGUGGAUGCUUGCCCUUUGGAAAGACUUGGAGAGCCCAAAGACGUGUCUCAAUUUGUAGGAUUCUUGGCUAGUGAUGCUGGAGAAUGGAUCAAUGGUCAGGUUGUUAGAGUCAAUGGCGGCUUUGUUGUCUAGACUUUUCUUUAUUGUUAUAGGGUUCUUAGAUCAUAUGUACUCAAUCCUAAUUCCCCCACUUUUUCUGAGUUGUGGUCAUAGAUUAUACGAAUCAUGUGUAACUUUUUUAUAGAGGAUGCUUGUUUUGCUAAUGUCGGUGUAUCAAUUAUCAAAUAAAUCUUUCUAUCAUAAACAAAGUUAUUCAUUGCUGGCCUUAAA